AUGCUGGAUCAACAAUUAUACCUCGAUCUCCAGGGUCUAUGCGCACUCAAGACACUAACUCUUGGUGAUGGCCACUACCCAACAGAUGACAGACAGUAUUGUAUAGAGGUUAGUGUCCCUCCUUCACUAAAGAUUCUUUAUCUAAUGUCAGAGUGCGCACAUCGCACCUCGUUGUACAAUGCCAUUGUUGGAAAGAUUACAUUUAAUGCAAAUGUUGAAAAGAUUAGAAUAGAAAAAUUCACAAGAGAACCUAUACUUGAAGGAUUAGUAUUCCCACCAUCAGUCACUCAUCUAACCAUCUCAGGAGAGUAUGAACCUGUACAGCUCCCAGAGUCACUCAUCAAGUUAAAGAUGCCAAUCGACAACAACAACAACAACCAAGGAGGCCUGAUCAAUCUUCAAUAUUUGAAAAAACUCAUCUAUACAACUGAUCAACCAAACAACAACGACAUCCAAUUUGUUCUCCCAUCCACCUCUACUGCUGCUGUUGCUGCUGCUGACUAUCCACCUAAUCUCGAAACACUCAAUCUCAUUCAAAUCAAAUCAAAUUAUACCAUUGACAACUUACCACCAACCAUUAAAUAUCUAUCAAUACUAUUGAACAAUACCAACAAUGACAGGUCACAAAAAUAUCCUCCAAUCUUUUCAAUUAAUUCUAGGUUGUCCAAUAUCUCCCAAAUACAAUGGCUACCAUACAAUACUACACAUCUAACUUGCCAACUAGAGAUUACUCUACAACAGGGGGCCUUUAGAUUGGAUCAAGUGAUCAAUCACACCAACGUGAGACAUUUAUGUCUUAUCAUUUCCGAUACAAUAUUACAUUUUUCAAUUCAAAGAUUGGACACGGGCAAACACAAAGUAUUGGUAUUGGAAACAAAGUCAAUUUCAGGUGGAAUAAUCACACAAAGAAAAACAAAUUACAAUCAACAAUAUGACCCCAUUUAUUUACAUUUUAAAGUAGCGGGAUCAGGUCCAUUUGAAUUGAAAUGUAUACUAAAUUUCAAAAAACUAUAA